GAGUAAUCUUUAGCAUGAUUAGCUUGGAAAGCUUUUUUCUGUUUAAUCAUAUACUUAUUCUCCACUGAGAUAAUUUUGUUCGAAUCAGAUAAGGUCACUAUGAGUGAUAAAACUGAGAUCUCUGCUUAACCUAGAACAAUCACACAUCAAUUGAUCUACAUGUAGUGAUUAACAUGGAAAGCUAAUAAAAAGGGAGACAUCAUGUUCCAUAAAGACUAUUUACUUGCUACAUAUAUAUGCUGAGCAAUCAGCAAAGUUGAGAGCUAAAAAGGGGGGAAGCAAUAGCAUCAUGUUGGUGAAGGCAGAGAAAGCCAUGCCUCAGAGAGAUGAGAGUGCUGAUCCAAGGGGAAUUACAAUUCCCUUGAAGCAGCAGCACUUUGUGCUAGUGCAUGGUAUAAGUGGAGGAAGCUGGUGCUGGUACAAAAUCAGGUGCCUUAUGGAGAAUUCUGGAUACAAGGUCUCUUGCAUAGACCUCAAAAGUGCAGGAAUUGAUCAAUCUGUUGCUGAUUCUGUUCUUUCUUUUGAUGAUUACAAUCAACCCCUCAUGGAUUUCAUGUCUGCUUUGCCUGAUAAUGAAAAGGUGAUAUUAGUAGGACACAGUGCAGGAGGGUUGAGUAUUACUCAGGCCUGUCACAAGUUUGCCAAGAAGAUCAAUUUAGCAGUGUAUGUGGCAGCAACUAUGCUCAAGUUGGGGUUCUGCACAGAUGAAGAUCUAAAAGAUGGUGUACCUGAUCUAUCUGAGUUUGGGGAUGUGUACCAACUAGGAUUUGGAUUGGGACGGGAUAAACCUCCCACCAGUGCCUUGGUGAAAAAAGAACUUCAAAGGAAAAUCAUCUACCCUUUAAGCCCUCAUGAGGAUUCGACCUUAGCUUCCAUGCUGUUGAGGCCAGGGCCAAUUCUAGCAUUGACAAGUGCAAGAUUCACGGAGGAAGGUGAAGUGGAAACGGUGCCGCGCGUGUACAUAAGGACAAGGCAUGACAAUGUGGUGAAGCCUGAGCAACAGGAAGCCAUGAUUAAGAGAUGGCCACCAUUGAGUGUGUAUGAACUAGACAGUGAUCAUAGCCCUUUCUUCUCCAAUCCUUUCCUCCUCUUUGGUUUUCUUGUAAAAGCUGCAGCUUUUGACAUUGUAUCAAUGCAACUAUGCUGAGAGACCAAUAUGCUAGCUUUUGUCUGUUCCUUCUCUCUGCUUUUGCUUGUCCCCAAACAAAUGUGCUGUGUGAAAAAUCAAUCUGGUAAAUAAUUUUGGAAAAAUAUUGAUUAUUGAUUGUAUUCCUAUUUGUAAUAUUAAUAAUUCCCUAUUGUUUUA